CGUUGCAGCGAGCAGCUUGCUACUCGCGAGGACGUUGUGUCCUCUCUUUUGGACUUGAGCAUGCUCCAGGUUUUUCAGGAGCGACUCACCCUCAAUGUCGCUGCACUUCGUCGCCUUCUCGCCAUCCUCUCUGACCCUGAUCGCACCCUCCCGAUCAUCCCAGUACGACUCGGGACCUCCACAAGGGUGCACUCAGCGCUGUGGGAUUCCAGUUCUCAGGGCGACUUCAUUCACCCACGCGUGGUGAAGGAAGCUCGCUUACCCACAACAGGGUCUUCGACUCCCAUCUCCGUUACCCUAGGGGAUGACAAGACCCAACGUUUCUUCGAUCAGACGGUCACCGACCUCCCCUUCUUCCUCACUCUCGAGCCGACUGAUCGUUCCCCGGCGUCUCGUCGUCACCGCUCCUCUGCACAUUUCGAUGUGAUGGAGACGGGGUACGACUUCAUUCUCGGCACUCCGUGGUCUCGUCGGUUCCGCAGCACCGAGGCCGAUUCGGCGAUCAACACUCUCGUUCUCAAAACGAAGUGUGGACAGACGUAUCGCGUACCUUUCAUAGGUACCACUGCGAUACCAUACCCCGAUCCUCCUCCCCCAGAGCCGUCAGUGCCCACACCAUCCCCCUCGAUCAUCGUCACCUCGCCUCGGCAGUUCGCUCACUUCAUUCGAGAGGACGACGUCACCUUCUUUAUGGUGGACGUGACGGAUCUCUUACACUAUGAUCCACCCUGUCCUGACGCCGAGCUCAUCCCUCUGGAGCCAGAUCCUCCCUCUAUCUCCAUGGCUCCCAUCUCUACUUCCGUCCCUCCGCCGUCCGUCGAGUCCACCCUGCCGUCGGGCGCUGACGCUGACGCUGAGGAACUCGCACGAUAUACGGCUGACCUGGAGCCUGCAGUCCGUGACCUCAUCCGAGAGUACCACGACGUUUUCCCAUCGUCGUUCUCGUACGCCGGCAUCCCACCGAUGCGUGACGUCGAGCACUCCAUUCAGCUUGUGCCUGACUAUCGUGUUCACCACCAGGCACCCUACAGACUCAAGCGUCAGCUUGAGGAGCUCCUGAGACUGGGUUUCAUUAAACCCAGCAACUCCCCCUGGGAUGCACCCAUCCUCUUUGCUCGCAAAGCGGAUAGAACUCUCCGUCUCUGCAUCGACUAUCGCGGUCUCAACCACUACAUGGUUAAGAACAACUACCCCUUACCUCGUUCCGAUGAGCUGUUCGACCGCCUAGCAGGCAACCGCUUCUUUACGAAGAUUGAUCUUCGUAGCGGUUACCAUCAAAUCCGCGUCGCUGCAGCCGACCAGCCGAAGACAGCGUUUCGAUCGCGCUUCGGCCACUACGAGUUUACGGUGAUGCCAUUCGGCCUCACCAAUGCACCCGCCACCUUCCAGAGGGCGAUGAACGACAUCUUCAGGGACAUCCUGGAGCAGUACGUUCUCGUCUACCUCGACGAUAUCCUGGUCUACAUUCGUACCCUUGAGGAGCACCUCACACACCUCCGCGACAUCCUUGACCGCUUGCACAUACAUGGCUUCUACGCCAAGCUGAGCAAGUGCCGCUUUGCCGAGCACAAAGUGGAUUUCUUGGGACACUACGUGUCUGACCAGGGUCUCCACAUGGACGACGCGAAGAUCACUGCUAUUGCGGAGUGGCCCGCCCCCACAUCCGCCAAGCAGCUUCGCAGCUUCCUAGGCCUGACCAGCUACUGUAGUAACUUCAUCCGGGGAUACGCUAGGUAUUCCUACGUCCUUACCUCCACCCUCCUCCGGAAGAACCCACCCUGGACUUGGACACCCCUCCACAAGGACGUUUUCCGCGCCCUCAAGAAGGCGGUGACAUGCGCACCGGUUCUUCACCUACCCGAUUUUGACCGCCCUUUUAUCCUUACCACCGAUGCAUCAGACUUCGCUGUAGGAGCAGUGCUUUCUCAUAUCUUCCCCUCCUCUCCUGAUUCCUCUCAUCCUCGUAUCCCUCGCUUCCCACCACCUACCCCUACCACUGCUUCCCGACUGACGCCUACUCGUCCAGCUACUGACGACCCUUCUAUUGACUAUUCUCCUACCAUCGCCGAGGACGGCACUGUCGAGUCUCGCUCAGCGAGGUCCGUGAACGGCAGUCGCUUCGACGCCAAGCUGAAGCUAUUUUUUAGUAGUGGGUGGAAAGGGGGAUCGGAGAUAAAAGCCAGCAAGAAGGACAAAAAAUCCGUCGAAUUGGAGGACAGGGAGGGAAAGGAGGACGAGGACGACGAGGAGAGUGAGGAGGAGAGGGAGAAGAGGGACGAGAGAGAGGAGGGAGGGGGAGAGGGAGGGAGGAGAGGAGGAGGAGGAGAAGAAGGAGAAGGGAGAGCAAUGGCAGGCAGUGAGUGCAUGGAACAAGAAGGAGGUGUCCGGCAAAUCCCUGUCAAUGCUGAGCAAGGAGGAGGGCGAGGACAAAAAAGAAGAUGGGGAGGAGGAGGAGGAGGAGGAGGAGGAGGAGGAGGAGGAGGAGGUGAUCGCCUGGAUCAAGAACUCGAGAACAGAACGUACCAGAAAGUGUUGUUUGAAAUGGCCAGAGAUGGAAAUAGCAUCGUUAUAUUGCCAACAGGAGCGGGAAAGACGCGCAUUGCAGUUAUGGUGCUGAUGGAAAUGGCGGGAGAUUUGCAAGAGAGGAAGGACCGUAAAAUUCGCGCGAUUUUCCUUGCGCCCAAGACAGUGCUGGUCGAACAGGUGGGAAUUUGAUUCGUACUGCUUGCCCUCGUUCCCCUCCCCCCCCACCCUCUUCUUUUGCGGCUUUUACCUCCCUUGUUUUCCUUUCCCUUAUGAAAAGGAGAGAAAACAACUCUGCAUUUUGACCCCUCAUCUGUGCUUUUUUUUCUUCUUCUUCUUCUUUUUUUAAUACCAAUCUGGACCAUUUCUCGAUUUAUGCGUGUCAUUCUUGCGCAGGGCCCAUGCUAAUCUUCAGUCUCUCGAUCGAUCCAAUGUUAACGGAUCU